ACACUUAAAGAGAGCCACGUAUUUGAUAUCGAUCCCGGUGUAAACCUUUUAAAUUUAAUUGUGUUUUAAAUUUUGUUUUGUUAUUUUCAUUAAUUGGUAACAAUUAGUUAAUUAUGUCGACCGCUGCUAAGAAGGGAUAUUCUCGUGAAGAAGAGCUUCUUCUCCAUGACUUUAGUCGAAACGUUUCAACAAAAAGCUCUGCUCUUUUCUAUGGUAAUGCUCUCAUUGUUUCGGCCACAUCAGUGUGGCUAUUUUGGAGAAUCCAUCAGAUGGACCUUUACUCUUCAGCGUUCAUUUUUGUUUUGGUUACUGCAUUAACAACUUGGCUUAUUGCUUAUGCUUAUAAGCAUGUUAAGUAUAUUCUUAAAUUCAAAAUUGCAUCUAAACGAGGUGAAGCUGUUACUCGAGAAGUUAUCAGACAAAUAUCCGAUGACAAGAAAAUGACCAAGAAAGAGAGAGAUGAACGUGUCCUCUGGAAACAGAAUGAGGUGGCUGAUUUUGAGGCAACAACUUUCGCCAUUUUCUACAAUAAUGCUCUUUUCUUGGCUUUAGUAAUUGUCUCAUCUUUCUAUUUACUUGGAUCUUUCAGUCCAACAGUAAAUUAUGUGUUCUCUGUUACCCUUUCCGGUGCUCUUUGUGCUCUUCUUUCAACAAGCACCAAAUAAUUUAACCUCUCACAUGAAAAAAGAUUAUCAAGAGACUUAUAAGAAAGUAACAAAUUAUACAUUUGAAUAAAUUGUUUAUCAAUUUUUGAUUCCAAA